CUCACAAAAAAGCCAUCAAGCACUCAACUGAUUAGCGAACGCUUGAGACACGACCCGACCUACAGCGCCUCACAGCAUACCAGCAUGGACAAGCUCAAGACAACCACCAAGCUCACGCUGGACACGAUCAACACGCGGCCCGUGAGCCCGACGCCAGCGACCGAGUUUACGACGCCGCCCCGUCGCCCGAGCCCGACGCCGCCCGCGCACCCAAGCCAGCUGCAACUCAAGGUCUCGGGGACCGCGUGCGAUACAUGGCGCGACGCCGCGCACAUGCGCGCGCUCGAGCCGUACAUCUCGGUCGAGAAGAAGCUCACGGCACUCAAGAUUCCGACGGCAUGCGAGACGCCGCUCCACUACACACCGCCGCCGCCGUUCCCGGAAACGAGCCCGAGCGAGAACAAGAUGAUGGACGCCGACUUUGGGAAGCGCAAGAAGGGUACGCGACGAGGGACACUCAACCCUGAGGCGAAGAACGUGCUCAAGGCGUGGAUGUUCUCGCCCGAGCACUUUGCGCACCCGUACCCAAGCGAGGAAGAGAAGGAGGAGCUUGCGGCCGAGGCCGGCAUCGAGGUCAAGCAGCUCUCGAACUGGUUUACGAACGCGCGGAAACGACUAUGGCAGCCCGUGCUGCGGCAGUCGGGCGUCGAAGUCAAGAACUUUCUUUCGACAGGCCGUGGCGGGCCGCGCGGCGCAAAGCUCGAUGUGCCGUCCAACAUAACGUUUGUCGCGCCGUCGUCGCCACCGACGUCACCGCGUAGCGCGUCGGUGGACGAAGACGACAGCUUCCGCUUCAACUCGGUGCCCGAAAAAUUGGUCAAGCGCAUGAAGCGCGAGCCAACGGACGCCGAGGCGAGCGGCGACUCUGGCGACUCGGACACGUGGUCGGAUGCACGCAAGGACGUGGUCGUCAAGAGUGGUUUCCGAGACCUCGAGAUCCUCGCGGCCAAGUCGCUCCUCGGCCUUCACCGCGAGCCCGUACACUAAAACCAACCCUAGAUAGACACUACACGGACGCCGACAC